AAGAAAGAAACUAUAAAAACGGUCUCCCGCUAUUACCUCCCCUCUGGACAACACAAACGAUACCUCAUCUUUCACUACUCAUCAUCAUAAACAUCUUUCUUUCUCUUCCCCCCAACCAUUUCUCUGAGCUCCUCCACUCUUCCCUCUACUUGCUCAAAUCUUCCAUGGACAACAACAAAAAUCCCCGCAGCUCUGUCAUAAUAGUCGGGGCAGGUAUCUCAGGGAUAUCGGCGGCGAAGGUGUUAGCGGAAAAUGGCGUGGAUGACAUGUUGAUAUUGGAGGCGUCAGACCGGAUAGGCGGGAGGGUAAGGAAGGAGGAAUUCGGCGAGGUCACGGUUGAGCUCGGCGCCGGUUGGAUUGCCGGUGUGGGUGGCAAACAAUCUAACCCCGUUUGGGAACUCGCCAAACAAUCCAACCUCCGCACUUGCUUCUCCGAUUAUAGCUACGCCCGCUACAACAUCUAUGAUCGGAGUGGGAAGAUUUUUCCAAGUGGAAUAGCGGCGGACUCAUAUAAAAAGGCGGUGGACUCCGCAAUCCAGCGGUUGAGUCAGGAGGCCAACCAUGACGCUUCCACUGCUCAUGAUGUGUCAGUUCUUGCUGAAACGCCGUCCACUCCAAAGACUCCUAUUGAGCUGGCAAUUGACUUUAUUCUGCAUGAUUUUGAAAUGGCAGAGGUUGAACCAAUAUCAACAUAUGUGGAUUUUGGAGAUAGAGAAUUCUUGGUUGCUGACCAAAGAGGGUAUGAGCAUUUGCUCUAUAAAAUGGCAGAAACCUUUCUUACUACCAAGGAGGAUAAGAUAUUGGACAGCCGUUUAAAACUCAAUAAGGUUGUUCGGGAAUUACAGCACUCGAGAAACGGCGUUUCGGUGACAACGGAGGAUGGUUGCGUUUACGAAGCCAAUUACGUGAUUUUGUCCGUUAGCAUUGGUGUCCUCCAAAGCAACCUUAUUUCCUUCAGACCCCCCUUACCCGUUGAAGAGGAGGCCAUUAUUGAUGGACAGUUUAGCUGCCUUUAUUAA